GACGACCUAACCUAAAACGCCAAUGUCAGAGCGGAAAAUAACUUUGAAUUGAUAAAUAUUAUCAAACCCACGUUUUCUUUGUAUGAAUGCUAAUUACAUACGCAUGUAUUUAGCAUUUACCGUUGAUGACAGUGAAACUUCGGAAUCUCUAUAUAUAAGUUCUAUUUGCGGCAGUGAAAAUGACUGAUUAUGGUCAGUUUAUCCAGGAGCUACAAUACUAAUUCUGGAGGAGCGACAUUUUUUAGCGAAUCUGUUAAUAUGGCUGAUAGAGACAACCUUAUGCCACUUUGGGACUCCUUUGGAGGCUUCCAGGAGGUCCCCACUGUGCCACUCUUCAGUUUUCACCUGCUCGUUACUUUGAUUCUUGAUAUUGUUGCUAUUGUGUAUGCAGUAGUCCAUCCGGACGCUGGCAGCAAAUGCCGAGAGUAUUUUAUUAUAAUCUAUCUUCAUGUUGCUCUAUGGAUCAUCACUUUUAUUAUGCACUUGCUGACUAAAUUCCUCCACAAUAAAGUGCGCCUAAAUGGCUACUUGCAGUUCUACAAAAGCGUCGAGUGUCACGCCAGCUUACCUCUAGUUGUAGUAAGCUUAUGGACUGUGGUGCUUCUAUUUGUCCAGACCUUGAUGCAACAUUACUAUCCCGAUAAUUUUUCCGAAAUAUGCCUGAAUGGGGGCACUCUAUCACCGAGAGCUUACCUAUGUGCGUUGAUUACUGUGGAAUUCUGCGUGAUUACUGGCGUGAACAUUAGCUACAUAAUGAAAAUCGUGAACUUCAAUAAGCAGAAACCACAGGCAGAUGUGUACAACAGUGAAUGGCUGGCUUCCUUUAAUCCAGCCAUAUUCUCUCAAAUUGAGGUUGGCUACGGAGAGCUAGGGAGCAAAGUGAUCGAGUUUUUGGAGAAACAGGCCGAUUUAAUUCACUAUCUCAAAGAGCACAAUGCCAAACUCAAUGAGAAGGUGAUAUCGUUGAGCACCGAGAUGCACAGCAAAAUCCCUGAAAAUAGUGGAACUGGAUCCUCAAAUGCAGAACCUUAGUUGAAAGGUUGUUCUGUUUUGUUUAAGGAUAAAAUAAGGUAAAUACUCAAUAAAAAUAUUUGUACUGUUAAACUAAUAAUAAAGUGGUUUUGCUGUUAGUACAGUA